AUGGGGCAGCCGAGCAGAGGCUCUCCUCACUUCCCAGACAGGACAGGGAGGCCGGGCAGAGGUGCUCCUCAUUUCCCAGAUGGAGCGGCCGGGCAGAGGCACUCCACACUUCCCAGAUGGGGCAACUGGGCAGAGGCGCUCCUCACUUCCCAGAUGGGGCGGCCAGGUAGAGGCGCUCCUCACUUCCCAGAUGAUGGAUGGCUGGGCAGAGUCUCUCCUCACCUCCCAGAUGGGGCAGCCAGGCAGAGGUGCUCCUCAUUUCACAGAUGGGGCAGCCAGGCAGAGGCACUCCUCACCUCCCAGAUGAUGGGCGGCCAGGCAGAGGCACUCCUCACCUCCCAGACGGGUCGGCCAGGCACAGGCGCUCGUCACUUCCUCCCAGAUGGGGUGGCAGCCGGGCAGAGGUGCUCCACACCUCCCAGAUGGGGUGGCUGGGCAGAGGUGCUCCUCACCUCCCAGAUGAGGUGGCCAGGUACAGGUGUGCCUCACCUCCCAGAUGGGGUGGCCAAAAUGGGCUCCCAAAUGUCCCUUUGCAGAUUCUCCAAAAAAGGUGUUUCCAACCUGCGUAAUCAAAAGGUUUCAAUGUCUCCCAAAUGUCCCAUUGCACAUUCUCCAAAAACGGUUUUUCCAACCUGCUGA